GAAAAAAGAGAAAAAAGAAAAGAAAAAAGGAAAAAUAACGAAGAAAAAAAUUAUUAGAAAUCAACUCAUCAUUAGUGUUUCAUGUGUAUAUAUAUGUAUAUAUCACUCAAUUAAAGAAAACUAUAUACACUGAACAUUCAAUAUAAGAUAUUCAACAGAUUGUUUAUUAUAUUAUCAUUGAAAUGAUUCAAAGGAUCCAUCUUGAUGGAUUUUAUAUUAUGAAUAAUAUUCAUGAUGGAAUUAUAUAAUUCUAUGUUUAUUUUAUAUUAUUGUAUAUUGUUCUGAUUAUGGAAAAUCAUCUUGAUCAUAAGUGUAAUGAUACAGAACCUGAUUCAAAGUUAUUUUAUGAAAAGAUUCAACGAAAUUAUUCAGACUGUAAUCAACCAUGGAAUAUACUUGGUGAAGUUAUUAAACAAGUGAAACAAGAAUGUUUUGAACGUGUAAAAUGUUUGGAACAAGAAAAUUUAAUUCUUCAACAACGUUAUAAAGAACUUGAAGAAAGGGUUUUACCUCUAACAAAAUCAUUAAAUGGACAAGAAGAUCUUAAAGAAUAUUUAAAACUUUUAUAUUCUAAUCAAAUGAAUUCAACUACAGUAAAUUUAACAUCAACUUCAUAUGUUAAUAUGAAGAAUUCUAAUACAAUGGAACUGCUAACUAAUCUUUUACUUUAUACAAAUCUAUCGCAAAAAGAUAUCCUAUUAAAUUAUCAUCAAUUACAUAAAAGAGUAGCUCAAUUGGAACGAAUUAAUUCUUUAUUAUGUUCAAUUAUAUGUGACGGUGGAUUCAUUUCAAUCUUAGAUAAGAAACUAUUAAACUAUAAUAAUACUAAUCAUGAAACAAAUUCAACAUUCCAUUCCCGUUUAAAGAAUUUAUCAAGGAUGAAUUAUCACUCAGUAGAAAAUUUAUCUUUAUAUAAUACUACUAGUGAAACUACUGAUAAACACAAUACAAUUUCAUACAACAAUAUUAAUACUACCACUAGUACUAGCGCUAGUACUGCUACUACUACUACUACUGCUACUGCUACUGCUACUAUUACCACUACUACUGCUAUUAAUACUAGUACUACUACUAAUAAUAAUAAUAGUGACAUUAAAACUAAUGAUUUUGUACAGAAUACUAGGGAUAAUUAUCAGUUAUCUUUAUCGAAUAAAUGUACAGUUCAACACCGACCGACUACUAACCGACCAACAGUUCAACAACCGUUUGAUUCUACAAAUAUGAAUAUUUCACAAUUUUAUAAAGAACAACAAUUGAAUUCAAUAAAAUUCACCUGGAUACAAUCAAAAUCUUUACCUAAUUUAAAAAUCAAUUCAAAAAUAACAAAAAAAACUUCAUUAUGGAAAAAUUCUUUCAAUCAUUCAUUAUCUUUACUUCCUAUCACAAAUUAUUCCAUUCAACAUUUUAAUAAACAAACAAAUUUUAUCAAUAAUUUAAAAAUAUCACCUAAAACAAAAAGUUUACCAUUAUUAUCAUCAAUUGAUUAUUGGAAAAAUACAUUGAAAACUUCUUUAUUCAAUCAUAUUCAUUUUAUACAUUCAUAUUCAUUAUGUAAUUUACAUAGGAAUAAUAAUAUUCCAUUGAAUACUAUGAUGCAAGUCAAUUCUUAUUCAUCAAAUGAUCAUAAAUUAUUAAUCAAUCAUAUUAAUUCAGAUCAUAAUAAUCAUAAAGAGGAUCAUCAUUUAAAGGUUAAUCAUUGUAUUGAAAAGAAAAUAAGUAAUUCUAUUCAACAACCUAAAGUUUAUGUAACAUCUAAUCAAAGUAUUGAAUAUUUAUCAAAUUCAAAACAAAUUUUAUGCAGGGAUCAAAAGUUACGUUAUCAUUAUCCAUUACGUUCUACAAUAUUUCAUUCAAAUACAAUGAAAUUAAUGAAUAUCAAAAAAUUCACUAAAAGUUAUGAUUUAGAAAGUCAUUUAACUUAUUAUGAUACAUUUCGUAAAUUUCAUAAUGCACGUAAAAAUUUACAAUUUGGUGUAUUUAGUGAUACAGAAUUAUUAACUAGUAAAUUUACAAUUACAUCUACGGAUGAUUCUGCUAUUGAUAGUUGUUGUGAUGAUGAUCAUAAUGAUGAUGAUGAAUUACAUAGUUCUAUAGAUUCAUUAUAUAUUAAAAAUUAUUUCAUCAAAUCAAAUAGAAAAAGAAAUGAUGUAGUGACGAGUAAUAAUAAUAACAAUAAUAAUAAUAAUAGUUGCCAUGGCAACAGUAAUAAUCAAGAUACUAAUCAUAGUAACGGUAAUAGAUUGGAACGGAUAUCAACUAUAUCAGAUACAAAUGUUCAUAAUAAUGAGAAAUAUGAUAAUCAUUCUAAUGAACCAUUGAAUUCAAUCAAUAUUGAAAUGAAAAGAUCAGUAAUUGAAAAUACAAAUAAAAAUUACACUUCCAUUGUAUCUAAUGAGAAACAGAAAAGUAUUGAAUGUAAUAAUACAAUACAAACAUUGAAGAAUAUUAAUCCACCGGAAGUAAACAAUGUUUUAGAAUGUAGAAAACAUUCUUUGGAUCCAAAAUCCCUUAAAAAUUCUCCUGAAAUCUCAAGUGAUUCCCAAUGUAAUCUCAAAGUUGUUGCUCCACCACCAGUGGUAAUCUAUCGGAGAAGAUUUCAGAAGCUUCCAUCGAAAAGAAUAUCAAAGUUUACUGAUCGACAAAGAUCUGCUAAUUGUAAAAAUUUGGAAGAAAUAAAGUCCUCUGUAAAUAAGACUGAAAAUACAAUGAACACUACUCUAACUGUUGAUAAUCAAUUACAGACAGAAAUGAAACAGUCAAACAUAACUUUAUCUAGUGAGAAUAGUCAUAGUAAUAACUCACAAGUGAUUAAAGUAACCUCUCAGUCGAAUAUGUCUACUUCUGAUUUAAUCUUACCAGAACAAAAUAAACUUUCUUUACAAAAUGUUACAACCAGACCGCAACACUUCUCAAAUAAUAAAACAUCGUCAUCAUCAUCAUCAUUAAUAUCUAUUUCACAGAAUUCAAAAAUGAGACUACCUCAAUAUGACGGUACUACAACAAGUCUGCCAGUAUCACCGAUCGUAUCUUCUUGUUCUAAUGAAAUGAAACAUUUUGUAAAUGAUAAACUUAUUCCUAACUAUUCUCAUUGUAUAUCAUCGUCUAUGAUAUUGAAACCAACAACAAAUCAUAUCAAUCAAUCUUGUAUUUCUAACACAUUGAAUUCCUCUGAAAUUCAUCGUCUAAGAACUAUAUCACAUAGUCCAAUGAAAUCUCUUUCCAAUACAACAUCAAACAAUCAAAAAGAUUUUAAAACAAACUUUAUUUCAUCAUCAUCAUCAUCAUCAUCUCCUUCUUCUUCUUCUUCUUCAAAAUCAUCUCCAACAUCACCAAUUUUACCAUUAAAUACUAACAUUUCUAACAUCAUAUCUAAUGACAAUUGUAGUUUACAAUCAUCAGUGGUUGAUAGUAAAACUAUGUUCACUGAAAAGAUUCCAAAGAUCCCUCUUCCUACUGCUACUCCUUCUUGUUCUUCCUCUUCUCCGUCUUCUUCUUCUUCUUCUUCAAAUACGACAGCUAUGACAGAUUCAUCUUUGAAAAAGUUCAGUAAAAUUAUUAAUAAACCUAAAGUUCAUUCAGAGAAAUUACAUAGACGUACAAUUUAUAAUAAUCAAAUGACAGAAUAUAAUAAACUUACUCCUUUAUUAUCUAUACCACCACCUAUACCACCACGUACUACAUCAAGAUCACAAUCAAAUCAAGGAAAAAUGAUAAUACUAAAGUCGAAAUGUCUUAGUGUUCAUAAUAGUCCUUAUAUGUCUAAUCUAAAUGAAGUGAAUAGUCUUAAAGAUACAAGCAGUUGUUAUCAUAAUUACUCUUUAAAACUUCAUUCAUCACCUGUAAAUCAUGGUAAAUUCAAUAUGAAUCAAUCACAAAAUGAAUCUUUGAAUGAACUAAACAAUGUAAGUAAUAAUAAUAAUAAUAGGAAAUUAUCAUCUUUAUCUUCACAAUGGAAACGUCCAAUUCAAUCUAAAAUAGCUACAGCUGUUGAAACACUUUAUAAACGUCCUAUAGAACAUUCAAGUAUUUCAACAACAUCAAUAUCAUCAUCAUCAUCACCAUCAUCAUCUUCAGGGAUUAUUUUCACAACUCCUCAUGAUGAUCAUCAUUUAACUGAUUCAUCAAAAUAUAUUACUAAUAAAAGAUGUCAUAAACAGUAUAACAAUAAACAGAAUAUAAAGGAUAUGAAUAAUGAACAAAUAGAGCAUAGAUUAAUAUAUUCAACAAAUUAUUGUAAUCAUACAAUAGAUAAUACAGAUUUUCAUGCUCAAUUAAAUACAACUACUACAAUAACAACAUCAAUAACACCAAUAAAUGAGAAUAAAUUAAUUGAAACUUCAUAUCCACAUCAACAAUGUGCAUUACAUUUACAAAAAUAUUCUCAUUCUUAUCUUCCACAACAUCACCAUCAUCAUCACCACCACCACCAGCAGCACCACGACCACCACCAUCACCAGCAACAACAACAACAACAACCAUUGUAUCAUUCUCAACAUUCACAACUGUUCCAACCAAAUUUACAUUAUCAUCAUCAUCAUCAGCAGCAGCAGCAUCAGCAUACAGUCAAUGAUAAUCCCACUAGUCAUAAUAUAACAAUAUCUGAUCCAUUCAUUUAUACUAAACAUCCAUCAUCAAUUUAUACAAUAAACAAAUUAUUAAAUAAUAAAUAAAUUAAAACAAAAAAAACCAAUGACACUAUUCAACUAUCAUGUCAAUAUAAACUAAUGUCAUGUACAGUGUUAUGAGUGUAUCAUUUAGUUGGAUAAUAAAGAGUAGGUAGGCGGGGGACUAGGGUAAUGUACACAAUACACAUAGGUGAUAUUAUGAAGAAAGAGAAGAAGAAAAAUAAGAAGAAGAAGAAGGAGAAGAAGAAGAAGAAGAAGAAAAGGAACAGAAUGACACUACCUAUGUUUGUUUGUUCGUUUGUUUUUUCACCUUACCUAUUAUGACCAUUUCAAUAAAACAAUCAAUCAAUAGUAGGUACUAUACUACUAAAUGAUUACUGUACAGUUGUAUAGUAAUGGAUUAAUGUUUAUUAAUUUAUAUUUCUUUUCAUAAUGUAUAAUCUAAUGUAUGAUUUUGAGAUAGGAGAGAAGAUUUAUAGCUCAGGUGAAUGAUUUUGAUGAAGUUUUGUUCUUUUUCUAUUGAAUUAGAUAAUAGUUCCAUGAUCAAACUAUCUAGCUCAAAGUACAAAAUCGAUGUCUGAUUAAUGAACAUAAUAAUACUAAUAAUAAUAAUGUAUAAUAUAAAC